AUGGCAAUCUCCGCUGUACUCGGUCUUUAUUCUUGCCUUGAUUCAUUAUCAAACCUUUUCCCAUCGCCACGCUAUUCAAUAGGAGUAGCUGUGAUCCUUGUACCAUUCCUCUCCGUUCUUCUCUAUGAUUUCAUACUAUACCUCCGCCUUCCUCCAGGCCCAACACCUCUUCCGUUCGUCGGUAAUAAGUUCAUAAUACCGACAUCGUCACCAUGGAUCCAUUUCGAAAAAUGGGCUAAAGAAUACGGCCCAAUCUUCACUCUUUGGAUAGGCCGCCGUCCCACAAUCAUCAUCUCGGACCCAAAUGUAGCAGUCGAUCUGCUCGAAAAACGAAGCAACAAGUUUAGUUCCCGUCCUCGAUUUGUCGCCAUGGGCGAACUUUACUGGGACAACUCUUCCAUCUUGGUUCAGCCCUAUGGCAAAGAGUGGCAGAUCCGUCGACGUAUGCUGCAUCAGGCACUGAACCCGUCCGCACUGCGACUAUAUAAACCCAUUCAAGAAGCUGAGGCAGCUAGACUCUGCGGGGCCAUCUUCGACAAUCCUGCAUCAUACGAGGGACAUCUCGAUCGCUUCACAUCUAGUGUUGUCUUCAGCAUUGCUUAUGGCCAUCGAAUCGAUUCUAUGAAAUCAGAAGUUAUUCGGCAGAGACUGGGUUUUAUGCAGUAUUCUGCAAACCUCAAUGUACCCGGUCGCUACCUAGUAGAGUCUAUUCCCUGGCUGAAAUAUAUUCCCAACUUUCUGGCACCAUGGAAAGCAGAGAUCCAACGGCGCGGACGCGAAGAAGCAGCUACAAAUAUGGAAUUGCUGCGCCGAGUUCAAGACGAUAUUCGGAACGCAAAAGUCCCUUCAGACGUCCCUGACUCCCUGUCCAAGCUACUUCUCGAUGCAAAAGCAAAAGAUCCAAAAGCCUUUGGCGACAUUGGUGAAAGGGACUUUUCAUUCGUGCCCGCUUCUUUAUUUGGCGCUGGAAGUGAUACUACUGCUAGUACGCUAUGCAGUGGGCUACUCAUGCUCGUUACAAACCCAGAGGUGCAAGCUGCCGCACACGCAGAACUGGACCAUAUCGUUGGAGGAUCACGAUUACCCACAUUCGACGACGAAAACCAGUUGCCAUAUAUCAAAGCUUUGUGUAUAGAGAUACUACGGAUCCGCCCAGUGGCUGUUCUAGGCGGUACGCCUCAUGCAAAUUCAGUCGCUGAUACAUACUCGGGGUAUCUGAUCCCGCAAGGUACAACAAUCCUAUGCAAUUCAUGGGCGAUCAACCUCAAUUCUACUUACUACCCGAAUCCGCAUCAUUUGAACCCGCUACGAUUCUUAGGUGUUGACCCGACUACAUUGUCGUACCUGCCUCGCUUCUCGGCUGAGGAUCUGGCCGAAGUGUCCCAAGCAAAGCCACACCCUUCAAAGGAAGGACAUAGCUCAUUCGGCUGGGGCCGACGUAUCUGUCCUGGUUCAGGUUUGGCGCAGAAUUCAUUGUUCAUCGCAUUGUCGCGUCUUCUAUGGUCAUUUGAGUUCAAGCCUGUUCGGGAAAAAGAUGGGUUGGAGCGUGUCUAUGAUAAUCUUGACUAUACACAGGGCUUUAAUAUUCGGCCUAAAUCAUUUGAGUGUCAGAUUCGUCUACGAGGAGAAAGGGAGAAGACAUUGAGGGAGGAAGUUGUGAAGGCUGUACAGGUGAUGAGUCGAUUUGCGCCGUUCGAGGAAUAG